AUGUCCGAAGCCCGGGGUCAAUGUGCCAUUCCGAGUUCGUCGGUGACGGUGGUCGAGUCUCGCAUCGUCCUCUCUUGGUGGUCUGAACUCUUUGGUUGGGCAGGUUGCAAGGGGUCACAGGAUUUAGCCCGGACCACGUGUCAGAUCUCCAUCAAGGAAGGUUCUCCGCUUUUGGUCGGGGGGGAUUGGGUUGUUUGCAACAAUAGCCAUACAUGUUUAAACGGCUUUGAGGUUGGCUAUGUAUCUUGGUUGCAGAAAAUUGGCGGGGAUGAAGAAACAUACGCAUCCUUGGCACUGACAUCGGAAUUCGAGAGAGUAGUUUGCAACUAUAGGCAUAUUAUUGUUUUGCACAGACAGCAUUUUACUGUGUACAGCUGUCUGUGGAAAGCAUGGAUCUAUGGUUGGACAGAAUACUCUGUAUCACACCUUAGAAUUGGUGUGCUAAGUGAGAUUUUCAUGACAAGAGAGCAGCCUCAUCCACAAAGUGCACGCGAACCUGCAUUGCAGAACAUGGAACGUAAACUGUAUGAAUUACUUGUGCCAUGUAAUACCAUCCUCUUUGAAGCAUUCGAUGUUGCAUUGGGUACUCCGUACGACUGA